AUGUCGGAGAAAGUGGACGCCGGUAAGACAAAAAAACCCGGCUAUUACACAAGAAGCACAAGUCAACAAGACAUAAGGGAUUUUACGUUAAGCAUAAUUAACAAAAUAGGUAUGGAUGACGACAAAAACAAAAAAAACGAGGGAAAUGAAGAAAAUGAGAAUGGGGGCUUUGAAAGUGAAUUGGAUCAGACGCUAAAAUUGGCGCGAAAUGAAAAGAUUUUGGCGGGAUCGCAAAUCAUGGAGAAGAUGGCGGACGAGAAAAAUAGCGGGGAUACUACGAAAACGCAGCAGAGCAGCGCGUCGCGCAAAACUACAUCAGUUAGUUCAGAGAGUUUUUCGAUAGGUGGAGCGGACGGAAUGAUACUUGACGACUGGCAGAUAGAAACGAUUGCGGAGAGAGUGAGCCAGAAAAUUUAUGACGAAAACAGAAGAAGAGAGGUAGGAUGGGAGGGUAUGCUAAGUUGCGCGAUGGAUGAAAUCGGAGAGACGAUGAGAAGCAUCGAAAUAGCAAAAAAGGAAAUAUGCGACAAAAUAAACCAAAAAGUUGGAGAGUACAAUGAAAAACCAUGCGAGAUGUGUAAAAAUAUAGAGGAAAGAGAAAUAACAAUUAGAGAAAAAUAUAGAGCUGACAAAAGAAAGUGGGACAACGAGAAAGAGAAGCUGUUGGACCGAUGUAUGAAGGCGGAAGAAAAAAUAAGAAUGAGUGAGAUGAAAAAGAAGACAGAAAAUCAACCGAGAUUCGAUAAUGCAAGUUAUGUAACUAAGGAGGUAACAAAUGAGCUAGCAAGAGGUGCAACAAGUGGCGCUUUUGAAGACACAGAGCGUUUCGGAUUUAGAAAGGAGUGGGUGAACGAAAGGCCGGAAAGUAGAUGGGAAAUUGAUGGAACGAGAAAUCUGAGCGAAGAGGAACUAAGAGAUGAACACAAGAGGAGAGAAGAAAAAAAAUACAAUGUUUAUAUAACACACAAAUGUAAAAGCAACGCAGAGGCGCUAGCGAUUUUAGAAGAUAAGAUGAAAGUGGAUUUAGACAACAAAAAGCAAAUAAAAGCCAUAAAGGGACGGAUACUGAUAAACAUGGUUGACAAGGAAAGUAAGUCAAAUUUUAUGAGGAAUAGGUAUAUGCUGAAAGGGACGGAGAUAUACCUAGAUGAUGACUACACGGAGAGAGAGAAAGAGGUAGAGAGCUGGAUAAGAAUGCUCGGAAAAAAAGAGAAAGAAAGAGGAGUGAAAGUAAAAAAGGGCUAUUUGAAAAUUGGUAUAAAUGAUAAAUGGUGGUAUUGGGAUGACAUGAGAGGCCUGGUGGAGGUGAGAAGAGGGAAUCAAUAA